AUGGCGGAACCCUCUCGGCGCAAGGCCAAUGAGACGAAUGGAAAAGCGAAGAGAGAUGCGCAGCACCAAUUGGAUGGCGUCCACCAAUUGGACGGCGCGGUGCAUUCGAUCGAGCAGAAGCUGGAAGAGCAAGCAGAGCUCCAUGCGCGGAACCCUCAGGAGCAAAAGGAAGCAGGGCUGUUCCAGUUGGUAAUCUGUGUCGCUGGUAUAUAUGGAAGUUUCAUGACCUGGGCAUGGAUCCAAGAGCGAUUGACAACCACGACCCACGGUCCCGGCAACCAGCGCUUCACGUACUCCAUCUUCCUCAACACCGUCCAAUCCGCCUUCGCUGCCAUCACCGGCCUCCUCUACCUCAACCUCUCCGCGAAGAAAGACCCCAAGACCGGCGUGCGCAAGGUGCUACCCAUCUUCCCCUCGAAGGACAUCCUCAUGCCGCUCCUCGGAAUCGCCGUCACAUCAUCGCUCGCGUCCCCCUUCGGAUACGCAAGUCUCAAGCACAUUGACUACGUCACCUUCAUCCUAGCCAAGAGCUGCAAACUGCUCCCGGUCAUGUUCCUCCACAUCUCGCUCUUCCAGAAGCGAUACCCCAUGUACAAGUACGCCGUCGUCGGUUUCGUGACUCUCGGUGUCGCGGUCUUUACACUACACAGCCCGUCCACAGCGAAGAAGGCCGCGAAGAAGGGUGUCAGCGCAGACGCCUCGCAAACUAUUGGUCUAAUUCUGCUCGGGGUGAAUCUUCUCUUCGACGGCCUUACGAACACGGUUCAAGAUCACAUCUUCAGCAGUUUCAAAGGUUUCACCGGACCCCAGAUGAUGUGCGCCCAGAACAUCAUGUCAACAGCACUGACAGUGUCGUACCUCCUCAUCACACCUCUCCUUGCCUCCACGCCCCUCGCGGGCUGGAUCGGCCUUGACCCACGCUCCUCAUCCGGUGAACUCUCCGACGCGCUCUCGUUCAUAACCACAUACCCCGCUGUCGGCUGGGACGUCCUCAUGUUCUCUGCCUGUGGCGCUAUAGGCCAGGUCUUUAUCUUCCACACCCUGGCCCACUUUAGCUCACUGCUGCUUGUUACAGUGACGGUUACGAGAAAGAUGCUGACCAUGGUUUGGAGUGUGUGGUGGUUCGGUCACGAAAUCACUGGCAUGCAGUGGUUAGGUGUUGGACUGGUGUUUGGUGGUAUUGGUGCGGAAGCGGCGGUGGGGAGGAGGGAGAAGGCGAAGAAGGCUGCGGCUAAGAAGUUGGAGGAGGAGAAGAGGAAACGAUAG